GUGCUGGCCCCGCCCCCUCACUCCGCGGGCACUCCCUGGGGAAGGCUGGGAGGGGGCGGGUAGUCUGGGGACCUGGAGUCUGCACUGCGGCUGUAGGGAAAGAGUGGGUGCGUCCUGUAGCCCCUGCCCAAUGGGUUCCCGUCACCUUUUGGGACCUCAGUCCUAGCCCUCGGGAGGGUCCCCGUCCGGAGAACCCUGCCCCGACGGUCGCUCCGCCCCCAGGCAGCAUCGGCCCACCAUCAGCAGUCCAUCUCGAAUGGAAGUCCUAGACGAGUUCGACAGCGAAUUCCCCCAGAGUGUGACCUUCUGCCAGCUCAUCUCAGAGGACGACUUCGAGAGGCAAGCAGCGACCUACACGGAGCGCGCGCUGCGCCGCCUCUUCCGCAGCCUGGACCGCAACCCAGCGCUGGCGGAGAGGGUCGUGCGCAAGGGCAAGCAGACGGAGAUCGAGCAGCGCGGGCUCUUCUCCGGCCUCUGGGCGAAGUUUGUCUGUGCUGUCCAGGGGGAACUGAACCAGUGCAACAGCAUGGGUGCCCUGGAGAUGCACCAGCGCCUGGAACAUCUGAAGAGGCGCAUCCACCGUGUACACCUGUAUUCCCAGGAUGCCAAGAAGAGGAGGAAGAAGCCAAAAACAAAGAAACAAGAUCCCAUGCUCUUUCGAGACCGGUCCACCUCCCCAUGCCUGCCACCAGCCCUGUUACCACUGCCGCUGCCACCGCCGCCUCCACCUGUCACCACCGUGGCCUCUGUAGUGGCCGCAUCACCCUCUGUCUACACUAUGCCCAGGGUCUUUGGCCCCUUCCCUCCAGUGACUAGCAAGCCGAUGGAGAAGCUGGACAUUUCAAGGUCUGAAGUGAAAUUAAACUGGAAUGGUGUUUCAUCAACUUCAAAGAGUCACAUGGUUGAUCUGACCCCCUUGGUUCUCAACCCUGGAGGCUUCCAUUUCUCGUAUUUGACAGGACACAGUGCACACAAGCUCCAUUGCCCUGGCUUCACGUGUGUUGGUGAUGGAACCCAGGACCUCACACAGUCUCGGACGACGGCCUGUAGUGGACCAUCCAACACCGAUGAGACUCCAUCUCCUGUUGUGAAAACUUCCAUCUUCACUCCGCCUGUUCUACUCAAGUUCCAGCCUGUGCCCAGACCUAAAGAUGAUUCAAAGAAUGACCCUGGCAGUGCAGAGUCCACCCCUGUCAAGAAGAGCCAGUAACCUCUUCCACACAGACCAUGCCCCAGGAAUGAAUAAAAUUCUCAGAGAGGUGCAUCCUGGUGUUGAGCUGUCCGGUACUUUCAUGUCCUCUCUGAGCUUCUAUUUGGAACAAGUAGAGUACAGCAACUUGAGCUCCCAGCUAAAGGUCACAUAUAAUAUGUAUAGUAUGAGUUCAGCCGGCGAUAGUGGCAUGCACCUUGAUUUCUAGCACUUGGGAGGCAGAGGCAGUCAGGUCUGAAGCUAGCCUGGUCUAAGAGAAGGAGUUCUAGGACAGCCAGGACGACACAGAGAAACCCUGCCUCAAAUCCCACUGCCCUUUGUAUUUAAGUCAGUACCAAGGUCAGUCCC